AUGAAACCGUUCACAGAUGAAGAUGUAGAGAUCUACAUCCAGAGCAAGGUGGAACCGCGACAUUGUCUGGUUUCCAAAGCAGUAGAGGAGGUGCAGAAAAUCAUCCAGCAGCUGACUGCAGAGAUCAGCUAUAAGGCCACGCGGUUCCAGGCUAUCUCCAACUCUGGCAUUCAUAAUGACAAUAUUAAGGUCUUAGCACCCAGCCAAUUCCUCAUCACAGUCCCUCUGCGUGGCCUGACUGGCUACAGGGAAUGCCAGGUACGGCACUGGCGUUAUUACACCGUGCGUGGAGCCAAGCUCCUCUCCUCCGUGCGAGACCCUGAGGAGCUGCAUCAGUGGCUGGAGGUGGAGCAGUUCUCAAAAAGCCUUCAGCAGUGGCACGAAAAGGAUGUGAACGUCGAAGGUGAUCUGGUUCCAGCCAAAGUCCUUAUCGUCUUCCGGGAGCUGGUGGAGAAGUCAAUUAUCUCCUGUAACCUUUCCAGUAAAGUGACUGUGCUGGAGAGCUUCAGCUCAGUGGUCCGGGUGGCUGUGGAAACAUCAGAAUCCCAGGUGGAGGUGGAGCUGGUCCCUGCUGUGGAGAUCCCAACUUGCUGGCCUGAGAAAGCCCAGUGGCCUCGUUGCCUUAAGCGUUGGCCUUCCCAGGAAAAAGUGCAGUGCAUCAAGUCUCUUGGGUUUGACCUUUUGGCCCGCUCCAAUUAUCACUGGCAGCUGUGCUUCUCCCGUGCUGAGCACAUACUCAUGGAAGGACUUGAUGAAGAUGGUGGUUGUCGCAUGAAGUGCUUCAGGGUCAUGAGGCAGAUGAAGGAAGAUGUCUGGUGUGCUGGAAAUAAGCCUGUCAUCACAGCUUAUCACCUUCAGACAGUGCUAUUCUGGACGUGUGAAAAAUACCCACGCAGCAAGGAUUGGCGCCGCUUCCCCGAAGCCUUCCUGCGGCUGGUGCAGAAGCUGCACAAGUGUGUCAGCCAGCACUUCCUCAAGCACUACUUUGUCAAGAACACCAAUCUGCUCAAAUAUGCCAACACCAGUGACCUGGACCUGGUGGCCAGCAAGCUCGCCCUCUUCUUGGAGAACCCCGGCUUCUGCCUGGACUAA